AUGGUCUCUUCAGCAUGGUUAUGCAGACAAUUGUUACAAGACUUAGAGGCAAACCUAGAUGUCCCAGUUGAUUCAUUGCAGAGGCUGUGGAUGGAAAGGUACAAGAUCCAUGUGAAGUUGAGAUUUUUAUACAAAGUGAAGAUUUUAGCGAGGGAGCAAUUACAUGGUGGAUUUGCUAAGUCCUAUCCUGCUCUUCCAAAGUAUGCUGAAAUGAUAAAGUCCACAAAUCCUGGGUCUUAUGCUCUGGUUACAUGGACUGACAGUUUGCAAUUUAAGGCCUGUUUCAUAUCUUUUGUAGCUCAAGUGAAAGGAUUCUUAGGUGGUUGUAGACCUAUCAUAGGAAUACAUGGUGCACAUUUAAGUGGGUAUUACAAAGGGGUUAUGCUCACAACUGUUGCAAUAGAUGGGAAUAAUGAGAUCUUUGUAAACUUGAGGUGCUUGUUUGCUCAGUAUGAAUCUCAGAAGGAUGACUGGACUUUUAUCAGUGACAGGAUGAGGGGGGUUGAAUCAGCAUUGUUUGAGGUGUUCCCAAGAGCUACAAGGAGAAUAUGCUGCCAGCAUUUGUACUCAAAUUGCAAGGCUGCAAGAUGGAGUGGGGCAACAUUUCAUAAAAUGUUUUGGAUUGCGGCAAAUGCCUACAAUGAGUACGUUUUUGAAAAAGCUAUGUCCAAAAUAAAAGAUUUUGAUGCAGCAGCAUAUGACUAUCUCAAAAAUGUAGAAGAGCAGUGGAGUGUGCACAUGUUUGACAGGACAGUUUGUUGUGAUCAUAACACAACAAACUUCGUGGAGUCAUUCAAUUCAAUAACAAAGGCCAACAGGGAAAUGCCUGUAUUGACAUUACUGGAAGAUGUUAGGAAUUGGUGCAUGAAAAGGAUGGGUUCCAGGUUCGAUAAAGUAGUAAGCAUGGAACCUAAUGAUCUAACAGAGCAUGCUAAGGGGGUGCUGGCGACUAGGACUGAUGAUUCUAGGUUCUGCCAUGUCACUGCAGCUGGUGGUGGAGAGUUUGAGGUGAGGGAUGGCCAUGUCAAGUUCCUUGUUACCCUUGGAAAUAUGACUUGUGGGUGUGGAAAAUGGCAAGGAUCAGGGAUCCCUUGCAAGCAUGGGCUAAGGGGGGCUGCUUACAAACUCACUUAUGGAGAUCACAUCCACCCCAUGGCUGAUCCAACUCACUGGCCUUCACUAGAUGUGCCAGAAAUUGCACCAACCCAAGGGAAAAGAAAUACUGGCAGACCACCUAAGCAAAGGAGAAGAGCUGCUCAUGAGGCAAAAAAGGAAAGAGGCAUAAGAAUAACAAAUGCAGCCUAUGCAAAGAACUAG